GAAGUGGAAUAAAGAAGAGUUUAUAUAGAUUGUUCUGCGGAUGUUUAAAAUCCUGCCUCCCAAUCCGCCAAGCUUCUUUAUGCAACUAUGGAGGAUCUGCAAGACUCCAGUUUUAGUGGUCCCAGUGCCAUGAGUAUUGCAUCUGAACUGAAGGAUGAUUUAUACUUCAGACUUGUGGAUGACUUUCUUGGACCACAGACUGGUAACUUAUUAAACCUUGACGAAAAGCCCUUCACAAACCGAUUGUUGGUUCAAGUUGGACUGAUAAAAGAGAAUAACAAUGCGUCAUGGAGUAACAUAGUGAAAUGGCUUCAGAAGAUUUUUCCAGUGUUUCAGUCUGCAGAUUUCCAUGGAUUGAUUAGCAGGAAUACAGCAACUGCUAUGAGCUUAACUGGUGAUUCCAGAGAAAGCUUUCUUCAGGCAAAUGUCAACUUUGAUUUUGUGGGCCCUAUAUGUGAUAGCACUGGCAUCAGCAGAACAGACUUGCUGGAAAUGUCAGAUUUUUCUGAUCGGGCCAAGUUAACAGAGGUUACCAACGGCCUGAUACUAGAGUUGACCAACUUUAUUGAAAGAGAAAAAAUUGACCCAGUGGUCCUAGUGAUGUGGCUUCGUAACUUUGACCCUACAUUCUGCAGCGAUGGCAAAAUUCGAAAAGCUAAUAAGCUUCUUCAGACCAGUCUGAAAAGAUUUAGGAUACAAUACCGAAACAGCCAGAGGAGCAGAAACAGGAGCAGCGGAUUGUCUGAGGAAUUUCUCCAAAGUCCAUUUGAUCUCACUUCUGAUCUAGGAGAUUCUGAAUUUAUAAGAGUGUCCAUAAAUAAAGCACAUUUAAAAAGAAAAUCUCCCCAGUUAACAUCAAAUACACCUAAUCUCCAAAAAAGGAAGCUCAAAGAGGAAAAUGAAACCUGUGAUAUUUCUCCUGGGUUUAGCAAAUGUAAAACAGAAUCUGAAGGUGACUGUAAUGAGACACCUCGUCCAGAUGCUGUGAAGGAGGAAUUUAAUCCUCAGAGUAUUAACACUGAACCUUUAGUAGUAGACAAGAAAGUGGACACUCAGACAGACACAGGAGAUUGUUUAACCCUACUCGAUAUCUCUGUCCUUUCUUUGCAAAAACUUACAAGUAUGUACGGCGAGAAGAGUGAAAGUGCAAAGCUGGUAUGCAUGGAUCUCCUUAAGAAUCAGUUUGCUCUUAUGGUUACAAAAGAUCUCAAUAUGAAAUCCUUAAAUGAAAAGAUCAUGCCCUUAGUUGAAGACUACCAACUUGUACCACCUGUGAAAUUUCUUCAGUGUACCACACUUUUUAUUUACAACUUUAUUGAUACAGUUGAGAAGCAGAUAAUGUCUUAUGAAAGAGAUAUUGUGAGUACUACAGGGGGAAAGCUUGGACGGGACAAAAACCCAAACUUUACUAGUUUUGUGAACUUUGAUGAGAGUUCUAUCACCCGGUAUAUUCACAUGGCUUGUGAGAUCUUGUGUUCAAAAAGAGAAACGAAAAAUAGUUAUCGAAGGCACUGGCUUGCCUUUUGCAUCGAAAGGAAUAACCCCUCCAGACUACCUGUAAAUCAGUCAAAUCAGUUAAUUAACUAUUUUGAGGCAGCGGCAGCACUUGUUCACCAUUACAAAGAUGUUGCACUGUUUGUAUCUGACUUACAACUACUGAACGACGACUCUGAUAUCUUUCUGGAUAGUGUCAGCUCUGAUGCCAGUGAUGAGGUCAUACUUGCUUUAGUUGGUGUAGUGGCUGUCCUGUACUGUAAGGUGUUGGGGCCGUUUUGGCAGCUUUUAAAGAGUGAAGCACAGUACUUGUUGUUUAGCAAGUACUUUAACUGCCUGUAUAAAAAGCUUCUGGAGUGGUCCCAGGAUGCGUCUUCUCUAAUGCAACCUGAACCGAUGACCAACGUGUUCCUCCAGGUUCCAUUGCAGGAGAAGACCUUUACAGGAGUGUUUGAAUUUUGCAGUGCAAACGCAGAUAACCAGUACGGAACACUAAUGAAGGCAUGCCUACAGAGGAUGAUGCAGGUCCUUGCAGCUGUGAUGGAGAAUAAUCUAAAAGAUUUCUUACCCGGAGGUCAAUACUGCAAAGAGGCUUCUGUGGAACUUGCAGAACAGCUAGCAGGCUGUACAUUAAACCAGUUCAUGGGUGAGUACCCCUUUGGACAUGCAUAUUCCUACAGCAAAAACAGACCAGAUCAGACAAAUGUUGGGACAGAGAAAGAAGGUGAUCUCUUGGAGGAAUCAGACAGACAGGGCAGAUACUCUCAGCCUGAGAAGAAAUCUUCACCCAAAGCUCCUUCUGCUUAUAUUAAAAAAGACAAUCCAAAGUCCAAGCCAUACAUCAUGUUUGACAGAGCAAAUCUACGCUCUGUAAACAAAAUGAAAAAGAAAAGAAAGAAUAAGCAGAAGAAAGCACAAACAAAUGACCAGUUGCACAAAAAAACAAUCCUUGCUGCACUUGCCAAACAUGGUGGUCCAUGUAAAAGUGUUGAAGAUGUUAACCUAUUGCUUCGAAGAUUGGAAGGACUAAAUAUAUGUACAAAGCGUGACGCUAUCCGCAGUGAGCUAAACUACUUAAAGGUCAUUGUUGGCUGCAAAGACAAACGGCUGAAUUGCCUGGGCAUUUGUUUUGCAGACAUGGUCGAAAAACUGAAAAAUAUCUUACUUAGUAUUGAUACCAUUAGUAAUGUUGUUACUCAAGUUGGGAGCGCUGAAGUUCAAAGUGUGCCAGAAGAACAAGCCGUAGAGUUUGAGAAUCAUCAGGAGAAUGUCUCAGAUGAAUUUGCACCCAUUGUAUAGAUUGAGGCUGUUUAUUUAAACUUUGUUACUUUGUUGUUGUAGACCCCCCCCCCCCACACACACACACAAAAAAAGGAAACAAAACUAACUACAGUAGAUUUUUUAAUUAGAAUUUAAGUUAACCAAAAUUUUCUAUACUCUGAAAUAUGUGCAGUGUUUUUGUAUGUACAAACAUGCUUUUUGUAAAUAAAGUUGGUUUUGAUUAA